GCGUGUGAGUGGCGGCUCCUCCGCCGGCCACCCGUGUGGACGCUGGGCGCGCGCAAGCGGGGCGCGCCCGCUAUGGCUCCCUGGGCAGGGGCUGCGCUCUCCACGCUGAACCCGCUGCGCGCCCUGUGGCUCACGCUGACCGCCACCUUCCUGCUCGCCCUGCUUCUGCAGCUCGUGCCGCCCGGCCUGCUCCCCUGCAACGCGCUCUUCCAGGACCUGAUCCGCUAUGGGAAAACCAAGUGUGGGGGGCCGCGGCGCCCGGCCUUCUGCCGGGCCUUUGAAGUUCCCAAGAGCAGGUGUUUCUCUCACUUCUACAUCUUGUCCGUGCUGUGGAAUGGCCUCCUGCUCUGGUGCCUUGCUCAAUCUCUGUUUCUGGGAGCGCCUUUUCCGAGCUGGCUUUAUGGUUUGCUCAGAAUUCUUGGGGCCGUGCAGUUCCAAGGGGGUGAGCUGGCACUGUCUGCGUUCUUAGUACUAGUAUUUCUGUGGCUACACAGCGUUCAAAGACUCUUCGAGUGCUUCUACGUCAGUGUCUUCUCCAACACAGUGAUUCAUGUCGUGCAGUACUGUUUUGGACUUGCCUAUUACAUCUUCGUGGGCCUAACUGUGCUGAGCCAAGUGCCCAUGGACGGCAGAUAUGUCUAUGUGAUAGGGAAAAAUCUCUUCAUGCAGGCGCGAUGGUUCCAUAUCCUCGGGAUGAUGAUGUUCAUCUGGUCUUCUGUCCAUCAGUAUAAGUGCCACGUCAUUCUUGGCAAUCUCAGGAAAAAUAAAGCAGGAGUAGUCAUUCACUGUAACCAUCGCAUCCCUUUUGGAGACUGGUUUGAAUAUGUUUCUUCCCCUAACUACCUAGCAGAGCUGAUGGUCUACAUCUCCAUGGCUGUCACUUUUGGAUUCCAGAACUUAACUUGGUGGCUCGUGGUGACAUAUGUCUUCUUCAGCCAAGCACUGUCCGCUUUCCUCAGCCACAAAUUCUACAAAAGCAAAUUUGUCUCCUAUCCGAAGCAUAGGAAAGCUUUCCUGCCAUUUCUAUUUUAAGAAGACCUUGGUCAUGAAGAUUACAAAUCAGGGAGCAGGUUCAGUUCCCAUGGACAAUGGAGUCUGGAGGCCAAAGUACAGUUUCUUCAUUUUCAUACCCAAAGUCUUCACUGAAUGAGCAAAGCAAUGCCCCUCAAGAAAAUGAGUCUUCAAAGAAGAAAUACUUCUGGAAGACAUGUAUAUCUGUACCUGCUUGCUGAGAGGCUUAUAAAACCAACCAGCUACUAAAAAAUGACUUAUCCCAUAUACAGAGGCAUAUACAGAGAAGCGACCAUCUUUGCUUUGUUUUUGUUAUGAAAAAGUUAACAGAAUUUUAGUAGGUACUUGGUAAAUGUUUUAUUGCCUUUCAAUUAAAGCAGAAUUGAAAGUAACAAGAUACAAUUAAAAAGAGCCCUUAAAAAUAACAAGUUACAAUUUCCCACCAGUGUGGUUUGAGGGAAAUGAGUUUGUUGGAAUCAGUUUAUGCUUUCACCCAUCACCACAAAAAUUUCCAGUUCUGUGACCCUUAUAGUCAUAUUCACUCUUCCCCCCUCACAUCACAGUCUAAACCUUUUAUUUAACUUCCUCAUCUCCCUUGCAAGGGAUGUAAAAGCGAAAGCAUUUGAAAAUAAAAUAUUCUUAUACAUAAACGGCCUUUGUGAAUGGAACUGAUUCCAAAUUGAAUAGUGCUGUGACUUCAUUUAUUUGUAGUAUUCAAGUUGGGUUAAUGUCUGCCUGAGUUUAACUAAUGGAAUAAACCUGAAGAUAUUUAGGAAUAAAACUUACUUAAAAUA